AUGGAUCGCCAAAUGGUAGGAAGAGGCCGUGGGAGACCCACUAGACAACACCCGGAAGCGGGUGGUGAUAGGGAACCCGAGGUCAACCAGGACCAAGGGCAAGAGGGCGUGGCCGGAGACCAAGUGGCCACUGCAAUUAACCGUAUCACUGAUGUCCUAGAGCGCUUGACUGAACGCCAAGCCACUGGACCAGUGCAUCAACCAGGAGGCCCAGUUGAUUCCGAUGAUCGGGCACUGGAAAGAUUUCUGAAGUUUGGACCUCCUAAGUUCUAUGGAGGACCCGAACCGGAAAUAGCUGAAGGAUGGUGGGAGAGAAUCUCCGACAUCUUUGCAGCUCUAAAUUACACAGAAGAGCGACAGGUGACCUUUGCCACCUUCCAGUUCGAGGGAGCUGCUCGCUCUUGGUGGAACUUGGAAGGUUUAGCCGCUGUGAGGAUAAAUACUUUCGCAGAUGCUGUCGAAAGAGCUCAAAGACUUGAGGUAGCUAGAGCCCAAGUGAAAUCUUUUCAGUCUAAGAAAAGAUUUGCCCCUAGUAGUAGUCGGGAGCCGAUUUUUGGAAAUGCCCCACCGGCCAAAGUAGGCCGAGGAACCGGUGGAGUGAUUAGACCUGGAGCACCGCGAGGCGCUUUAGCAAGAGGAAAUGGGGCAAGAAAUGCAGGGGGAAGACACAAUGGUGCUAGAGGGGGACCUAUUGGAAGAGGGCAAUCUAGGAAUAAUUCACAAGGAGGUCGAGCAAUUACUCCUCCAUCGACCUGUACUUAUUGCAAGAAACUUGGCCAUACUAUAGACAACUGCUGGAAGAAGCUAGGAAAGUGUUUGAGAUGCGGGAGUAGCGAGCACCAAAUGGCUGGAUGUCCCAGGGUGCAGGAAGGGAUUACUCCGAACGCAAGACCAAACAAUUCCGGAGGAAGCCGGCCGACAGUUCCUGGCCGAGUGUAUGCCUUGGAUAACCAGCCCGUGCCCAAUUCCUCGGAAGUCGUGGAAGGUACACUCCCGAUUUUUCAUCGUCUAGCUAAAGUGUUAAUUGACCCUGGUGCAACGCAUUCAUUCGUAAAUCCAUCUUUUAUGUCCGGAAUAGAAGUGCAACCUGUUAGAUUACCCUACGAUCUUGAAAUUAGGACACCAAUGGGUAAUAAGAAGGUCACCAUCAUGCUAAGCUUGACUGCCGAGAAAAAAUAG